AUGGUCAGUCCAAAAACUGCGCAGCCAGAUAACAAUCUCGUUGGUUCCAACGUCAGCAAUGUCAAUCUGAUCAAGCCUUCUAGUACAAGAUUAAAAACAACAGAAUCGGAAACUAACGGGCCGAAUACCAUUCGAUCACCUGUACCAACAUCACCGAGAGAAUUUUUGAUUAAUAAUGAGGAAACUGAAAAGGUUUCCCAGGAAAAUGACCCUCCAAAGAAAAUACCACCUUCUCCUGCGCCAAUACCACCUGUAAAUAUUUGGCAGGUAAGAAAGGAAGCCAUGAACGCAAAAAAGGUUACUGAAACUUCAAACCUUAACGAUAAAGAAGCUGUUACCGAUAUCAAAAAAUCCGAAAAUCUUAAUAUUGAUCAACAAGAACCUUCAGAUGGUGGAUCUUUUAAAAAACCAUCGUCAAUAUUUGAUUAUCUACUGGCUGGAAUUAACCUUUAUUUGGUUAAGAAAAGCCGAUUACAAGUCAAUAGUGUGCAUUACAAAAGAUUCGCUAAAAAAGAAUCUAAGAAACAAAAACCACCUCCAAUAUUACCUCCACUAGAAGAUCAAAGCAGUUGGCCAGCUCCCGCAGAAGUUUUGAUCAAAGACAAAGAAAAGGAACAAACUGAAUCUUCCGAAAAGAAGCAAUCUAUUGAUAUCGGGACAAAAGAUAGUCCAAGAAGAGGUAAAGGUAAAUGGAUUAAAUAUACUCCAAUAAUCACACAUAACGCACCAUUACCAAGUCAUGAGAGGUCAAAACCUCGACGCCGUAGUGAAGAUCAUGCUGGUCUUCGUGAACGCAAAUCUAGCGAAAAAGUCAUAAAUUCUGAAGUGACAACUCCAACGGUGCAAAAUCAUAAUAAUAAUACAAAUAGACGUCGCGCAAGUGUACCUCCUCCAUCUAGAGAAUAUGGUCGUCGUUAUUCACAACAUGGUGACAAUAAUGUCGGUCAUCAUUCACAUUCUAAUAGUGGACCACCGUUUCGUGGGGGUCGUAGGGGAGGGAGGGGUCGAUCAUACAAUAGUACACGCGGACCUCCUCGCUCGGUAACUUUACCUUAUGCAUCAACAGGAUACGUUCAGCAAUAUGUCAGUGUAUAUGGUACGAAAGUUGGCUAUGACAUAGAAAUUUUGAAAUACUACAUUUUACAACAAAUAGAGUAUUAUUUCAGUAUUGACAACCUUUGCAAGGAUAUAUUUUUACGAAAUAAUGCAAAGGGCUAUGUACCAAUUGCUUUAUUAGCAGGAUUUAAUAGGGUGAAAGCUUUAACGAUGGACAUGGAACUUGUCCGUGAGGCACUGCUUAAUAGCUAUAUCGUUGAGGUUAAUGAUGAUAAAGUCAGAAAACGCGAAGGGUGGGAAUCUUGGUUACUACCGAAAUACAAAAUGGGUGAACAAGAUCAGGGGCACACUAAUAAUGUACAAACUAUGUCAGAAUCUACCGGUCAUCAACACUAUGAGGCCCACACGGAUGAAAGUAUUCCUCCAAUAGAUGAAGACGAAAAUAAAGAAAAUGAGGAAAUGCCUACAAUUCCUGAGGGUUUCUCUGAAAAUGGUUCUGCCAUUUCAAAUCCUUGGAUUCUUCAUACUAAAAAACGUCGUACAUUAUCGUCACCAACAUCUCCUAAAGUAUCUCCAAAAUCAUCUCGCGACAUUCCAAAACCAACUUCAACUGGCGAUGAUGAACUUUUUCAACUUGAUGAAGACUGGGCUGGUGAUUCAAGAAAUAACACUAAAAGAGAUAAAAGUCAUGUCCCUUUUGAAAGAAAGGCAAUGAACGAUGAGAUUGCAGAAAUGAUAAAUGAGGGUUUAUAUAGAUAUGAGCAUGAUUUACAAAAACAAAAGCGUGUUAGUGGAACACGAAAAGUAGAUAUAAUUAGUGAAGAACAAUUUACUUCAAUAGUUUCAUCUACUAAAUCACGAGAUGGAUUAUCCAUAUCCAAUUCAGGGGUCAAUUUAUCGAGUAAAGUUGUCACAACUGAUAAUUACACUAAAAACAAGAAAAAGUCGACGCGCUUUUGGCCUGUUAAGGGUGCACAAGAUGCAGUUGGUUGGAUUCUCGGUGAUCAGCCUUACCAUCCACAAGAAGGCACCUCACCAGCGAGCCUAUCACUCUCGCCUUUAAGUCAUACUAAUGGCACGCCAAAUAGUUGUUCGGAGCAAUUAUCUUCAUCCGUUGAUAUUGCACGAUCAUUUCCAGUUUUUCAACACCCAAGUCAUGAACUCUUACGUGAGAAUGGAUUCAUUCAACACAAAUAUUAUAAAUAUCAUGCUAAAGCUUUGAAAGAACGUAAACGUCAGGGAAUUGGCCAAUCACAAGAGAUGAAUACCCUCUAUCGGUUCUGGUCACAUUUCUUGCGUGAACAUUUCAACAAAAGGAUGUAUUUAGAAUUUAAGAAAUUUGCAGUUGAAGAUGCAAACUCCAAUUAUCGUUAUGGUCUUGAAUGUUUAUUCCGAUUUUACUCUUAUGGUCUUGAGAAAAAAUAUCGUCAAGACCUAUUUGAUGAUUUUCAGGAAUUAACUUUGUCAGACUGCGAAAAUGGACAUCUAUAUGGGCUUGAGAAGUUUUGGGCUUACUUGUUUUAUAGGAAAGACAAGAAUAAGAGAACAGUUGAAGUAUGUGAUAAGUUAAAUAAACAUUUAGAAAAAUAUCAGAAUAUUGAUGACUUCAAAAAUGCUUAUAAGACCGAGCGAGCUCAAUUAUCAAAUAAUAAUUGCGCAACUCCACAUCAUAGUCAUCGUGUUUCACCAGCCUCACCUUUAACAUCUUAUUCUGUUAUUUCGGCUGAUAACUUUCCUCCAUUGGCUGUAACAGCAUUGCGAUAA